CGCUUCGAUCGUGCUGCGAAUUCCAUUGAGGCUGGUGCAGAUCGUGUUACUGGUAAUGGUGAUGUUGAUAAUGGUGAUAACGAUGAAGAGACUACCGAGACGAAUACAAUGAUAAUAAUGACUGUGAGGAUGGAGAUUUUGCAGGCGAAGUCAACUCAGCGGAAAGUUGACAGGCGAGACGAGUCAAAAUGUGAAAUGGUACUUUAA